GCUGUCCGCCGCCGCGCCAGCGGGUCGCCGCCGCCGCCCCAUGUGUAGCAGCACCAUGCCGCUGCCGGCCUCGCCGCUGAGUGUGGGCCCGGUCAGCCCGGCGCCCAGUGCCAGCUCGGCCGGCUCGCCGCGCCUGUUCGUCUGCCCGCCGCUGCCGCCGACGCCGCCGCACAGCGAGCGGUCGUUCAGCGCCAGCCCCGGCCCGACCAGCCCCGGCGCGCUAUCGCCGCGCCCGCCGCACCGGCCGCUGCCCUUCUCCAUCGAGAACAUCCUGCGCCCCGACUUCGGCCGGCCGCCGUGCCUGCCGCGGCUGCCGACCCUCUCGGCGCUGCCGCGGCGGGCCGCCGCCGCCGCCGCCGCCGGGACAGCGCGGCCCGUCGACCUGCGGAAGCCGCCGCCGCCGCCGGCCACCUCCGACCCGCAGGUGCUGGCCAACCCGCCGCUGCCGCCCGAGGAGAAGAUGGUCUGGCCGGCCUGGGUGUACUGCACGCGCUACUCGGACCGACCCUCGUCAGGCCCGCGGUCACGGCGCACCAAGAAGCCCAAGUCGUCGGACGAGAAGCGGCCGCGGACGGCCUUCACUACCGAGCAGCUGGACCGGCUGAAGCGAGAGUUCGACGAGAACCGCUACCUCUCGGAGAAGCGCCGCCAGGACCUGGCCCAGCAGCUCGGCCUCAACGAGUCCCAGAUCAAGAUCUGGUUCCAGAACAAGCGCGCCAAGAUCAAGAAGAGCUCCGGCCAGAAGCCGGUGCUGGCGACACGUCUGAUGGCACAGGGUCUGUACAACCACGCCACUAUCGCGGCUGAGGAGGAGGAGGAAAUUCUGAAAAUGUGCAAAACUAGCCUAUAAACAACGCUGCCGUGCUGGCGUUUCGGGCUGCUAGCCGGGUCUACCAAAGACAUCUUAUCUGUGAUAGUGCCGCUGUCCGGCGGUCUCAGCCGGUCCCACAGUCCACCGACAGGAGCUGGGACGGACGCCGGUCUCGGGUGUUCCGGGGGUGUCGUCCGAACCUGACGGGCCGCUCCGCGGUCACUGUCAGUCACCGCCCCCCUGCUCGGCUCAGCUGCCGGCGCAGGGGCGACCCUCGGCGCCCCCGCUGCGCCCCAGUGGCUCUGAAUGAGCUAAUGAAGACGGGUGCGGUGGCGGCCACUCACUGGACGAUCUCGGAGCGGCGGGACACUUCCGGUGUCAGCGGCGGUCGACUGUACGCCGCCGCGGGGCGCCGUCGUAUUCUGCAGCGGGGACGGGUCGACCCGCCGCCGUGUAUUUAUUGCGGACCGCGCCGGUUGCCGCCAGCAUGAGUCGCAGCAGGCUGGUGCGAUGUUGUUACCUUUCGUAGGGUGUGUCUAGAUUUGAAUUUGAUGAAAUGCUUGCUAGAUUUGAUGCUAUCCCGUCCUACUAAAAAUUGCAUUUGUUGCUUCAUAUUUUGGGCUUCACGAGAUCGUCAAUUUUGGAAUAGCAGCUUUUUUUCUCAGUUUGACAUGUAGCGCGUUUCAGUUCGGCCUGUGUAUGUAUAAAUCGCCGGUGCCUAGCCAUUUUGACUCAGUCCUCGUUUUGUUUGUCUGAGCUGUUAUCGCAGUGAAUGUUCCUAGGCCGCAGUCGGCACCGGGCAGCGCGCCGUAGUGUGGGCGGCUCAUUAGUACAUAGAAACCCGCCAUCCUCACCGGCGUGACAGAGCGUGAGAGCGAGAGAGAGAGAGAGAGAGAGAGAGAGAGAGAGAGAGAGGGGGGGGGAGACAGAGGACGAGCGCCAGUGCGUGCAUUGUACAACUCACCUGCAGCGGCCGACUAGUGAUAUAUGAUGCCAGAAUGACUAUCAGAGCCAUAGCGCUAUCGUUUAUGUUCGCGUUACAACCUUUAAUGCGUGUGUACAUGUUUUGUGUCGGUUCAAUACAUCAUGUGUUGUGA